AUGGAAGUUAAAAGGAUAAGCUCCACCAUUAUCAAAAUUCCCAUCUCUCACCCUUCCGACGUGCCACUCACCAUUUUUGACCGCCGCGCCCUCAACAUGCACAUAGCUGUCCUCUAUGCCUUCACACCUCCCACCUCCACCAACGCUGACAUCAUCUCCGGCCUCUCCAAGACUCUAGUCAACUUCCCAACACUCACGGCCAACCUCUCAACCGACUCCCAUGGCCGCCCUUCGCUCUAUAUCGGAUGCCCUGACGGAGGUGUACUCGUUGUUGAAGCCACUGUCUCAUCCAAACUAGAAGAUCACCUGCCUCUCACUCCCUCACCGGACUUCAGACUCCUCCACCCUGAAGUCAAUGACGCAAAGCACUUGCUCCAAGUUCAGCUCAACCGGUUCCAGUGCGGCGGGCUAGUCAUCGGCGUCACCUCCCACCACCGUGUCGCUGACGGCCGGUCGAUGGGCUCUUUCUUUGUAGCAUGGGGAAAGAUGGUACGUGGUCUCCCCAUUGAUCCACUUCUAGUCUAUGAUCAGCCGUGGCUCAAGCCUCGGGAUCCCCCUCUGGUGCAAUUUGAUCACUGGGGGAGUGAAUUCAUCCCUUUAUCUCCUCAACCAAAUGAGUUUAAUAUCACUCCGGUUUAUGUUGAUCCUAGUGAGAUCACCAACUUGUUGUUGCACUUCUCUCCAGAGUUCAUUAUGAAGCUCAAAGCUCAAACCAAUAAAUUAAGUACUGAGAAACACACCACGUUUGAGACACUGACAGGGUAUCUAUGGAGGAAGGUGACGAUAGCACGGCAGUUGGAUGACGAGGAGUGUACCAUGCUGGCUGUGCCAGUAAAUGGCAUGCGUCGGUUACAACCUCCUGUGCCGCCGGAGUUUUUCGGUAACUUGGCUCUGAAUGCAUUUCCGAAAGCAAAGGCAAGAGCAUUGAUCGAAGGAGGGGUGGCGACAGCGGCAGGGAUUGUUCGUGGGGCAGUGAGAAUCAUGGGAGAUGACUAUUUCAGGUCGUUUAUUGACUUUGGUAAGGUUUACGGAGAUGGAGAUCUUGUGCCUUGCCAUGAGAAGCUUGGCAAUGUGCUUUCACCAACUAUGGAGGUUGAUAGUUGGUUACGGCUUGGCUUUGAUGAGGUUGAUUUUGGUGGAGGUGGAAAACUUUGUGGUAUUUCGCUAACAUGGGUGCCUUUUGAAGGAUUGUCAGUCCUUAUCCCUUCUUUCUAUCAGGAUGGUGGUGUGGAUGUUUUUGUUUCCCUGCUUAAAAAGCAUGCAGUGAGAUUUAAGGAGAUAUCUCACUCUUUGGAUUAG